GAUGAGGAGACGAUGCACGGUGUUAGCGUUACAAAAGCCGGUGUUGCCAGAUUGGACGUCCAGUCUCGGACGGAAGUUAUUUGUAUUUGCAUCAGACUGUAAACAUGGUGUUUCGCUGGUAGACUCACAACUAGUAAGCGUGUCGGUUCUGAAUGUUUGCCGUUCGUUUGGGAUUACAGGCAAAUACUCGAAGACUUAACACAAUCUGGCAACCUGAAUCUGUAGACGGAGGAUUGAAGUAAAUCAAGCGGAUGCUCUGAUCCAUACGGCUUUAUCUCUCUCUCUCACACACACACACACACACACACAGCAAACGGAGAAGCACUGGGCAAUGAGAGUGAAGCAGGGGGCCGAGGGAGGACUACCGUCCACUACAGACGAGGAGCUGCUGAAGAAGCCCGUGAUAACGCCGGAGGAUGUACUCGGCCUGCAGAGGAUCACUGACAAUUACCUGUGUAGUCCAGAGGAUAACGUCUACAAGAUCGAGUUCACCAGGUUCAAGAUCCGCGACAUGGAGACAGGGGCGGUUCUUUUCGAGAUCACUAAGCCUCCUACUCUGGAAAGCGCAGAGGACAGAAGAAAGGACCUUGACCCCAACGCCGGGCGCUUUGUACGUUACCAGUUCACUCCAGCCUUUUUGCGACUACGACAAGUCGGAGCUACGGUGGAGUUUACAGUAGGAGACAUUCCCAUCAACAACUUCCGCAUGAUCGAGAGGCACUACUUCCGAGGACGGCUACUGAAAAGCUUCGACUUUGAGUUUGGUUUCUGUAUCCCCAGCAGCAAGAACACAUGCGAGCACAUCUACGAAUUCCCUCCUCUCUCUGAGGAGCUCAUGAAAGAGAUGAUCCAGUACCCCUAUGAGACCCAGUCUGACAGCUUCUACUUCGUGGAUAACAAACUGGUGAUGCACAAUAAAGCGGAUUACUCCUACAGCGGUGGCCCAUAGGAGCUUUAUCAGAAACAUGGACUGAAGCAUAAAGGCUCCCAAUCCAGUCUUGGAAUAUUUGUUUGGCAAAAAACACCCCAUCCUCAGGGUUUGUAUGAAAGUGUGUGUGUGUGUGUGUGAGAGAGAGAGAGAGAGAGAGAGAGAGAGAGA